AUGGUGCAGUGGUCAGAAACGCGGGCUCUGGAGACUGCCUUACCCGACCCAGCCGAGGCCUGGGGCAGCUUCUGUCUGGCCAGCACCGCAACCCGACCCGAGCCCGAGGCGGACUACUACGCCAAGGAGUUGACCCGCGUGCUGACGGUGGACAACAACCACGAAAUCUAUAAGAAAUUCAAGCACAACUCACACAGCAUAUAUAUGUUCUUCAACACGUCGGAUCUCCGGGAAGCAGUGCCUGAACCCCACUUGCUCUUCCGGGCCGAGCUGCGCCUGCAGAGGCACAAGUUGAAAGUGGGGCAACACGUGGAGCUGUACCAGAAAUACAGCAACAAUUCCUGGCGCUACCUCAGCAACCAGGUGCUGGAUUCCGGCGACACGCCUGAGUGGCUGUCCUUUGAGGUCACUACAGUCGUGCGGCAGUGGCUGAACUACAAAGGUGAAAUCCAAGGCUUUCGCCUCAGUGCCCAUUGCUCCUGUGACAGCAAAGAUAACAUACUCCAUGUGGAAAUCAACGGAAUCAGUAUGGGCCGCCGGGGUGACCUGGCCACCAUUCAUGGCAUGAACCGGCCCUUCCUGCUUCUCAUGGCCACCCCGCUGGAGAGAGCCCAGCACCUGCACAGCCCCCGACACCGCCGAGCCCUGGACACCAACUACUGCUUCAGCUCCACGGAGAAAAACUGCUGCGUGCGGCAGCUCUACAUCGACUUCCGCAAGGAUCUGGGCUGGAAAUGGAUCCACGAGCCCAAGGGCUACCACGCCAACUUCUGCCUGGGGCCCUGCCCCUACAUUUGGAGCCUGGAAACGCAGUACAGCAAGGUCCUGGCCCUAUACAACCAGCACAACCCCGGCGCGUCGGCGGCGCCCUGCUGCGUGCCGCAGGCGCUGGAGCCCCUGCCUAUUGUGUACUACGUGGGCCGCAAGCCCAAGGUGGAGCAGCUGUCCAACAUGAUCGUGCGCUCCUGCAAGUGCAGCUGA